GGCUGGUGGCUGUUUCAAUCAAAGGGAAGGCAGAGGGAAGGGAGGCUCUGCGGAGAGAUGUAAGAUGGCAGAGCUACAAAUGUUGUUAGAGGAAGAGAUUCCGGCCGGUAAAAGAGCGCUUGUGGAGAGUUACCAAAACCUCACCAGAGUAGCAGACUACUGCGAGAACAAUUAUGUCCAGGCCCAGGACAAGAGGAAAGCUCUGGAGGAGACCAAAGCCUACACCACCCAGUCCCUGGCCAGCGUGGCCUACCAGAUCAAUGCCUUAGCCAACAAUGUACUGCAGCUGCUGGACAUCCAGGCCUCGCAGCUGCGGCGCAUGGAGUCCUCCAUCAACCACAUCUCUCAGACGGUGGACAUCCAUAAAGAGAAGGUGGCCAGGCGGGAGAUCGGGAUCCUGACCACCAACAAGAACACGUCGAGGACCCAUAAGAUCAUAGCGCCGGCUAACAUGGAGCGGCCUGUCAGGUACAUCAGGAAGCCCGUUGACUACACUGUAUUGGACGACGUCGGCCAUGGCGUUAAGUGGCUAAAAGCCAAGCAACAUGGAAACAAUCAGUCGAUCAGAGGAGGAACACUAUCGAGGACCAAUCCGCCGACGCAGAAGCCGCCGAGCCCUCCCAUGUCAGGGCGCGGCACGCUCGGACGCAACACAUCCUACAAGACUCUGGAGCCGGUGAAGCCGCCCACGGUGCCCAACGACUACAUGACCAGCCCCGCCCGACUAGGCAACCAGCACGGCCCGCAGCACAGCCCGGGACGCACGGCGUCGCUCAACCAGAGGCAACGCACACACAGUGGAAGCAGCGGGGGCAGCAGCAGCAGGGAGAACAGCGGCAGCAGCAGCGGUAUUGGCAUUCCCAUCGCCGUGCCUACACCCUCUAUCCCCAACUCUGGACCAGCCCCACCCAUGUUUGCUCCACCUGGAGCCCCUCCGCCUCCCCCACCCCCUCCUCCUCCACCUCUCAUGGGCGGGCUCGCCCCCCCAGCACCUCCUCCACCUCCACCACCACCUUUAGUGGUGGCCCCUGGGCCUGGUCUGGGCCCCGCUCCAAUGUCCCAGUUUGGAACCAUCUCGCGGCAGAUUUCGCGGCACUCCAACUCCUCUGUCUCUAUGAUUUCGGCCACGGGCACCUACCGCCGGGCGCCGUCGGUCACUUCCCAGUUCUCCUUGCAGCAGCAGCAGCAACUACAGCAGCAACAGCAACAACAACAGCAACAGCAGCAGCAACAGCAGCAGCAGCAGCAGCAGCAGCAGCAGCAACUGCCUCACAUUAAUGGAGGCACUCCUGGCUACGGCCAGAACUCAAUGUCUAUCGCUCCUCCUCCUCCUCCCAUGCCCCAGCUGACUCCACAGAUACCUCUGACUGGCUUUGUGGCCAGGAUGCAGGAGAGCAUUGCAGAUACUCCUACUCCACCUCCCCCUCCGCCUCCAGAUGACUUGCCCAUGUUUGACGACUCUCCCCCACCUCCGCCGCCUCCUCCAGUUGAUUAUGAGGAGGAGGAUGCUGCCGUCGUGCAGUACAGCGACCCGUACGCUGACGGAGAUCCACAGUGGGCGCCCAAGAACUAUGUCGAGAAAGUGGUUGCCAUCUACGACUACAGCAAGGACAAGGACGACGAGUUGUCUUUCAUGGAGGGGGCGAUCAUUUACGUCAUCAAGAAGAACGACGACGGCUGGUUCGAGGGCGUCUCCAACGGCGUCACCGGACUCUUCCCCGGGAACUACGUGGAGUCCAUCAUGCACUACGCCGACUGAAGGGCAGUAACAGUAAAGUCUAUUUAUUCAGUCAUAUCAUAAUCCACCGAGGGACCGACCGCCGCAAUUCUUGACUCCUGAGACGCAUAGACAUAACUGUAUGAUCCCCUUUUGAUAUGACAGAAUGUUCUUUCCCUUACUGAUUGCAAAUAAAAUAAAAAGUAAUAUCUAUUUAGUUUAUUUUGGUGUUAUAUGGGCGGGUGGGGGACAUUUAUGGAAUAUGUAAAAAAACAAAGUUUCUAAAGAAUUGGACUGCACGUGCUCACGCCGGUUGAACUCAAAGACGAUGGUUACGCAGCUGAAGAUGUACGACUUCAUCUCGCCUGGACAAAAGUCAUUCAGAACCGAAGUAUUAGGUUUGAUGGAACAAAUUAAGGUCAUGUAAACACCUUCAGCUGAAGUGUUUGUACUGUCAGUUGUAUAUAAUGUGAGCUGCAGCCACUCGGGUUACUGUAAUGUGAAUUCAGUGAAUGUCGAUUAUAUGAUAGUUUUCAUUAGUGGCGCCCUCCUCGACUCCACAAGGCUCCGUCGUAAAAUAAGAUGGCCUGUCGGUAAUUUACAAAUUUAAGUAUUGUAUAUGGUAUUUCAAAGACCAACAAUUACUCCUGAAAAUCAGUCUUGGCGUUAAAGCAUGCAAAAAGUUUAAGAGAUAUAAUGUAAUCUUUAAGUUUAUUGCCAUUAUGCUUCCAUUAUGUUGUAAAUGUAUUCACCUUUUUAAUUUUUAUUACUCUGUUGAAAUCACUGAACUUUUUAGACUCUGAAAUGCAAAUGGACAUUUAGAGAGUGAGACCAUGAAGCUUGAGAAAAAUAAAAUAGUUACAUUUUUCGUGCAUUACAAAUCCUAAAUCAACAUUCAAAUGCUAAAUUUAGGGUUUUUUUGCAUGCAUUUCUGCACAGUUGCAGAUAAGAUUAGGCUAGAAUAAUAUUAUAUAAAUACAACCCUGAUUCCCAAAAAGUUGGACAUUGUCUUAAACAUAAAUAAAACAGAAUUCAUUAAUUUGCUAAUCCUUUGUGACAUAUAUUCAAAAGAAGAUACAUUUCAGGUUAAAACUGAUAAACCUUUGCUUUUGUAAAUAUAUAAAUUUGAUGUGUUCUGUUUUUAUUUGCUUUUCACACAGCAUCCCAACUUUUUGGGAAUUGGAGUUGCAUUAUGAAAUUUGUAGAAUUAAACUUUUUUUUCUGUAUCUUGUGAUCCAAACAUUUUCAAUAACUCCAGAACAUUGUGGUCCAAAAGCUACAAUUUACUGAAAAAAGAUAGAUGCAAUCGCUUCCAAAAUUCACCUUUUUUAUGUGACGAAAUAGUCUGCUUCAGUCCAUAUUUGUUGGCUUUUAGCCUUUUAAAACAGCAUUUCCACUGCAGUCCAAACACUUAUUGUAUGCAGGGACCCAUUAACAGGGAGUUCUAGCAGCAAUCUAAUAUGCAUUUUGUUGACAAAACUGAUGAGUAAUAUAUUGAGUAGUAAAGGAAGGUGAUUUAAUAAAAAACCUACUCAUUCAAUCCCAUAAAUUACUUUAUUCAAAUGAAGGAUUUUUUUUGUAUUUCAGACAUUCAAAGCUUCAUUUAAAACCUUAAAAGAAGCUUUAAAUGUAAAAAAAAUAAAAAUAAAAAAUAGACAUUUUAAGUAAAUUCCAGGCUUCCCAGUGGUCUCACUCUCUAAAUGCAAUAAAGUUUGCAUUUGAACUUAAAAAUCCUAAAAAAAAAAUGAAAUGGAGUUUACUUUUUUUGUGCAUUUGGAUCAGUUUGAAGCAAGAGAACACAUUCCAUUUUAGGCUUACCAUCAAGCAUUUAAACAUUAUGUCACAUCACUGUUAUUAACUUUAUACUAAUCCACAUAAACUCUCUGUAGGGUAAAUUGGUAACUGGCAAUAAUGGACUGUGCUUCUGAUAGACAGCGGAUAGAGUGCAGUGAUAAUAACUAGGCUGGAAUUGUCGUGCCUGACACUGCCAUGAGACAAUUCAGACGAAAUGUAGACCAAUAAACAACUCUAAUACCUCCUCAGCCUUCACACAGCAACAGUGACCUGCUCCGGGAUCAACAACCAUGUUGAAUGCUCUGAACAUGAACUCCUCUGGGCUGCACAGGUGUACAUAUUUUAACUCAAGUUAAAUCAGCCAAUCAUUAUCAGCUGUCACUCAGGUCUAGGAAUCAUCUUGAUAAACAUUGUAUUUUUAUUCUGUUGGCCCUCGAACGUACCAUCUAACAUUACCUAAUGACAAGUUUUUGACCAUUUACCAUUUCAGGAUACUGUGGAAGCCUAUUUCUGCCAAUGUGAUGGGAAAAAACAGAUCCUGUAAGUUAUUAUGAGAUACUUUCUCCAAAUAAUGACUUUGAAUCUCAAAAUAACUACUUAUUAUUGAAGAAUAGUAAGAAACUUGCACAAAAUGAUCUCAAUAAUAGGAUCUUUUGAUCAGGUUUCUUAUUACUGUAUGAUACAAAGUCAUUGUUUCAUGUUUCUCAGAGGAUUUUUUUCCCAUCACAAAGCUAAGUUUUCAUCUUGUUUUAUUCCUUUCACUGUCAGAAAUGAGCUUCCAUAAGAAACUGCAGCUUAUGCCUUGAUAUUUUGCCCGUUUGCUUUAGAAAUUCCCACCCCCCCAAAAAAAAGACGUGUUCCGGCUCAAUUUCAUGGGUAGAAGUAUUGAAAUCUAUCUGUCUGCCCUUCAUUUGUACAUAUAAUAUGUUGAUUGAAAAAUUAAUGUACAGUCUUUUAUAAUAAACGAUUCUAUGUACAA